AUGCCCCCCGUGGAUGGGACGAUGGCCCCCGUGGAUAGGAUGAUGCCCCCCGUGGAUGGGACGAUGCCCCCCCAUGAGAAGAUGCCCCCCGUGGAUGGGACAAUGUCCCCCGUGGUUGGGACGAUGCCCCCCGUGGAUAGGACGAUGCCCCCCGUGGAUGGGACGAUGCCCCCCGUGGAUAGGACGAUGCCCCCCGUGGAUGGGACGAUGUCCCAGGUGGAUAGGACGAUGCCCUCGGUGAAUGGGACGAUGCUCCCGACGAUGCCCCCCGUGGAUAGGGCGAUGCCCCCCGUGGAUGGGCCGAUGCCCCCGUGGAUGAUGGGCCGAUGGCCCCCGUGCAUGGGCUGGGGCGGUGCCCUCGGUGGACGGGCCGAUAGUCCCGCGGUGGGCGGUGCCCGGGGGCGGGGGCACCCGAUUGGCACGGCCGCCUGCCGCCUCCGGGGGCCCCCGGCCGCUCCGCCGCCCCCCAAACGGCCGCCCCCCGCCCCGCAGCACCAGAUUGCGGGGCCGGCGGUGGAGGGAGGAGCAGGAGGGCCCGGGCUGCGGGCCCGGGUUGCGGGCAGCAUGCGGCGGCGGCUGCUGGUCCUGCUGGCCCCGGCCGGCCGCCCAUUGGCCCACCCCGCCGGGGCCCGCCCCGGCAGCGCCGGGGCCUCGGGCCCCCGAAGACCCCCGCCCACGGCCCUCAGGAAGAGGGGCUACGACAUCACUCGCAACCCCCAUCUCAACAAGGGGAUGGCCUUCACGCUCUCAGAGCGGCUGCAGCUGGGGAUCCACGGCCUGCUCCCACCCUGCUUCCUCAGCCAGGACGUCCAGCUUCUCCGCGUCAUGAGAUACUACGAGAAACAGCCCUCCGACCUGGACAAGUACAUCAUCCUCAUGACCCUCCAGGAUAGGAACGAGAAGCUCUUCUACCGGGUGCUCACGUCCGACGUGGAGAAGUUCAUGCCCAUCGUCUACACCCCCACGGUGGGCCAGGCAUGCCAGCAGUACGGACUGACCUUCCGUCGUCCAAGGGGACUCUUUAUCACCAUCCAUGACAAAGGCCACAUCGCCACGAUGCUGAACUCCUGGCCGGAAGACAACAUUAAGGCGGUGGUGGUGACGGACGGGGAGCGGAUCUUGGGCCUGGGGGACCUGGGGAGCUACGGCAUGGGCAUCCCGGUGGGAAAGCUGGCUUUGUACUCGGCCUGCGGUGGCAUUAACCCACAGCACUGUCUCCCCGUCCUCUUGGACGUUGGCACCGACAACCAGGAGCUCCUGCAGGAUCCUCUUUACAUCGGGCUGAGGCACAGGAGGGUGCGCGGGGAGCCGUACGAUCAGCUGCUCGACGAGUUCAUGCAGGCGGUCACCGACAAGUAUGGCAUCAACUGCCUCAUCCAGUUUGAGGACUUCGCCAAUGCCAACGCCUUCCGGCUGCUGAACAAAUACCGCAACCGGUAUUGCAUGUUCAACGACGACAUCCAGGGGACGGCAUCUGUCGCCGUGGCUGGCAUCCUCGCCGCGCUCAGGAUCACCCAGGACAGCCUCUCCGAUCACGUGUUUGUGUUCCAGGGAGCUGGAGAGGCUGCAAUGGGUAUCGCCCACCUGCUCAUCAUGGCCUUGGAGAAAGAAGGGGUCCCGCGGGCGCAGGCCGUCCGCAAGAUCUGGAUGGUGGACUCCAGGGGCCUCAUCGUCAAGGGAAGAAGCCACCUGAACCCCGAGAAAGAGCUGUUUGCUCAGGACCAUGCCCAGGUGGAGACGUUGGAAGAAGUAGUGCAGGCCGUGAAGCCCACCGCCAUCAUAGGUGUGGCGGCUAUCGCCGGGGCCUUCACGGAGCAGAUCCUGAGGGACAUGGCGUCCUUCAACGAGCGGCCCCUCAUCUUCGCCCUCAGCAACCCCACCAGCAAGGCCGAGUGCACGGCGGACCAGUGCUACCGCCUCACUGAGGGCCGGGGGAUCUUUGCCAGCGGGAGCCCGUUUCCUCCGGUGACCCUCAAAGACGGACGGACAUUCGUCCCCGGGCAAGGAAACAACGCCUACGUGUUCCCGGGCGUGGCUCUGGGGGUCAUCUCCUGCGGCAUCCGCCACAUUUCCGAUGAGAUCUUCCUCCUCACGGCAGAGCACAUCGCCCAGGAGGUCUCUGAACACCAUCUGGCUGAAGGGAGACUCUAUCCCCCGCUCAACUCCAUUCGGGACGUGUCCCUGCGCAUCGCCAUCAAGGUGAUGGAGUACGCCUACAGCACCAACGUGGCCUCCCUCUACCCGGAGCCCCAGGACAAGGAAGCCUUCCUCCGCACCCUCCUAUACAGUCCCGCCUACGAUUCCUUGGAUCUAGACAGCUACACGUGGCCCACGGAGGCCAUGGAGACCCAGCACGUCUGAGCCAUCCCCCCUCUCCCUGGUUCCCCCUUCACUCCCCCCGCCCCGGAUAA